UGUUGGUCUUUGUCUUUAGUUCUUUGACCGGGGACGAUGACGUGCCGAAGGUGAUUCCUCCUUCAGCCACCAACGCAUCCUCGGGGGAUGUUGUGGAGGUUCCGGCAGCCCCCGAUCCUGGAAAGGCUCGUGUUUUACGGGACCAUGCCAGUGGUCCUGUUGGAGGGUCGGACCCGAGCUUUUCCUUCCGCCAUGACCGGCUCAAGAGGAUGGACCGCCAAGGACAACCCAUCUCGCCCCUGUCGCCCGCCGAAGAAGGUGGAGCGGGUGCUGACGAAAAGGACGACCGGUGAGGAUGAUUUGGCCUCGUCACUAGGCGCGGAGGUGGCGGGAGGAUUGCAGUCGGAGGUGGGGAACGCGGAUGUCUCCUCGCGUGCUUCCCCAUCAUCCAUCCCAGAUCCAAACAUCAUCGUGGUAGCAGGGGCCGAGGCCGGUGACCCAGAGGCGGGCCGUAGGGCCGAGGACGCGGAGUCUUCCAGGGAGGCUGCCGAGACGCCUGGAGCGGGGCAGAUUCCUUUACAGCAGAGAACCCCGUGCAAGAAGAUGGCUCUGAGGCGGCGACGGCCCCCGAUGGCUCUGUUGGAGAGGACGAUGGUGCCGCUUGAGCCAAGGACAAGAGUUCCUCCAAGAUCACCUUGACACGAAAGGCCCCCGUUAUUGGUCUAGGGGGGUGGCUCCAUCCGGCAAUCCCUCAGGCAGCGGCACCCCUACUCUUUCAGCACUAGCAGGAGGUCACCCGGCAACCUGGGACUUGAACAAUGAGUGGGUUGGUUCGACCACAAAGAACCUAACCAUCUGAGUUAUACUCAGUUCGCGAAAUGGUCAGAUUUUUUACAAGCUGCUUAACCGGCGCUUUACAAAAUGAAUAUUUAGCAAUAGGUGGACAUAAAAUUUACUGAGCAAGAGAGCAAUGAUUGGAUUUCAAGAACAAUCUCUUUUGUUGUGAAAUAAGAGAUU